AUGGUGGCAUUACUACUCAAGCAUGGCGUUAAUGAGGUUAAGAUAGAUUGGAAUGCCACCCCUGCCCUUGUCGCAGCCAUGCCAUUCCCGUCAAUAGUCGAUAUGCUCCUCGAGAGAGGAGCAGAUUGUCAGGCGAGGUUUGGCACAAAAGGGUUUGCCCCAAUCGAGUGGGCUAUACGGAGUGGAAAUGUUGCUUUGGUUCAAAGACUGCUCGAUCACGGUGUCACAUUGAACAUAUGCCUGGCGGGCACGGAGAGAACGAUUCUCACCUCCGCAGCCGUAGGAGGGGCAACGAUGCUUCAAUUUCUGCAUCCAUAUGGCGUGAUACCUGUUCCCAGCGACAUAUAUGACCAGUAUGCAAUGGUAGCUGCUGUGAGAAGGGGAGACUCAAUAACCACGGAGUAUUUCCUCAACCAAGGAUUUGACCCGAAUUCUGAUCUCGGCGCACUCCGGCAGUAUUAUUCAUACGACCACAAUAUAAGACCUUACCUGAGCAAUGCUGCAGAGGCUCCUGACCCUGAAGCAGCAGCAGCGACUCUUGAUGUACUUUUGCAUUAUGGCGCUGAUAUAGACAAAUGGGAGGAGCUACCUUAUUGCUGGUCACGCGUGGGUCAUAAAGGAAGGCGAUUGGUCUCUCUACGCCUCAUCCUAGAACGAGGGGCUAAUCCUCUUCCCGAACACAAGUUUGGGUUAUCAAUGCUGGCAGAGGCAGCGGAAAGGAACCACAAAGAGGCCAUCCAGCUCUUGCUAACACAUGCCCAAAAGCGCGCUCUUACCCUCGAUGAUCUGCAUCGCAAUCUUCUCUUAGUUGAAGGAACAUCAGAGCAAUGGGAGAGACAGCGUUUUCAGGGAAGUUGGUAUAUCGUUAGGCUCUGGAGACGACUUUAUUGGCGAAAGAUGUAUCCUGUACUGACGUGA